AUGAUUAGACAGGCUACUAUCAAGCAAUUCGCAGCUAAACGCUGCUUCCGUGAAAUUGCUUCGCGCUCAGCCGUGUAUGGCACAGUUCGUUACUAUGGCUCAGCUUCUCGCAAUUACAGUGCAACCGUUGCCAGCGCAGUGGCCAGUGGAAGACCAGAACCAGCUCCAAGUUUCAACGUCGACCCAGCUGCUGGAAAACCUUCAAAACUUAACCAAAAACUUCGCACUGACCCACAAAUGGACAGUUCUUUCAUUGGUUUAACAGGUGGUCAAAUUUUCCAUGAAAUGAUGAUUAGGCAUAACGUGGAUACUGUGUUUGGUUAUCCAGGUGGUGCCAUUCUACCAGUUUACGAUGCAAUUCACGACAGUAAGUCGUUUAACUUCGUCUUGCCAAGACAUGAACAAGGUGCUGGUCACAUGGCCGAAGGUUACGCCAGAGCUUCUGGUAAACCCGGUGUUGUCUUGGUUACCUCUGGUCCAGGUGCCACCAACGUCGUUACUCCUAUGGCUGACGCUCUCGCGGAUGGUGUUCCAAUGGUUGUCUUCACUGGUCAAGUGCCAACUUCCGCCAUUGGUACCGAUGCCUUCCAAGAAGCUGAUGUUGUUGGUAUCUCCAGAUCCUGUACCAAGUGGAAUGUCAUGGUGAGAUCUAUCGAGGAAUUGCCACUGCGUAUCAACGAAGCUUUCGAAAUUGCCGUUAGCGGCAGACCAGGACCUGUCUUGGUUGAUUUGCCUAAGGACGUUACUGCUGCUAUCCUAAAGAACCCAAUCCCAACAAAAACUACCUUGCCAUCUAACUCUCUUGCGCAGUUAACCAAACGUGCAAUGGAUGAAUCUACUAACGAAAACAUUGUUAGAACCGCCGAUCUGCUAAACAAAGCCAAGACUCCAGUUCUUUACGUUGGUGCUGGUAUCCUGAACAACCCUGCAGGUCCUAAAUUGUUGAAGGAGCUAAGUGAACGUGCCCAAAUUCCUGUCACUACUACUAUACAAGCACUAGGUGCCUUUGAUCAACAGGAUCCCAAAUCUUUGGAUAUGUUGGGUAUGCACGGUUGCGCCACUGCCAACAUGGCCAUUCAAAAUGCUGAUUUGAUUUUAGCCGUUGGUUCCAGAUUCGAUGAUCGUGUUACUCUUAACAUCUCCAAAUUUGCUCCAGAAGCUCGUCGUGCAGCUUUGGAAAACAGAGGUGGUAUCGUUCAUUUCGAAAUAUGUCCAAAGAACAUCAGUAAGGUUGUCGAAACUCAGGUGGCUGUUGAAGGUGAUGCAGCUUCUAACAUUGAAAAGUUGCUUCCAUUAGUCGUCCCAGUCAAGGAGAGAACUGAAUGGUUCGCUCAAAUUGAAGAGUGGAAGGAGAAGUAUCCUUACGCUUACCAAAAGGAGACUCCAGGAUCCAAGAUCAAGCCACAGACCGUUAUCUCCAAGCUUUCAGACUUGGCAAACAAGAGUGAUAAGGAAGUCAUUGUUACUACCGGUGUUGGUCAACAUCAAAUGUGGGCAGCUCAAUACUGGACAUGGAAAUCCCCUCGUUCUUUCAUCACCUCCGGUGGUCUAGGUACCAUGGGUUACGGUCUACCUGCUGCUAUUGGUGCUCAAGUCGCUAAGCCAGAUGCUUUAGUCAUUGAUAUCGAUGGUGAUGCAUCCUUCAACAUGACUUUGAUGGAACUAAGCUCUGCUGUGCAAGCCAAGACACCAGUCAAGAUUCUACUAUUAAACAACGAGGAACAAGGUAUGGUCACUCAGUGGCAAUCUCUAUUCUACGAACAUCGUUACUCUCACACUCAUCAACUGAACCCAGAUUUCCUAAAACUUGCAGAUGCAAUGGGUCUAAAGGGUCUACGUCUCUCUAAGCAAGAGGAUGUUGAUGCGACUCUAAAAGAGUUCAUCGAGACUGAAGGUCCAGUCUUGCUUGAAGUCAAGGUUGAACCAAAGGUUCCUGUUUUACCCAUGGUCCCUGCCGGUAAAGGUCUAGAUGAAUUCAUUGUUUUUGAUCCAAAAGUCGAAAUGGAACAAAAUGCUCUCCGUCACAAACGUACCGGAGGUAAGCAUUGA